CGGCCGACCAUGAGGCGGAUAGAUCCCCGCUGUGUAGAUCUGCUCGGCGCUCAUCUAGCAGCUCUUAUUUCUGUGCGAGGCUGUUCUGUUCUCAGCAGCGUUUCUGGUCUGUCUUCAUAUCCAGCUGCUUCAGCAACCGGACUCACUAUUUUUUGGCUUCACCUCCGCUGGCCAAAUCCACUCCGAUUAAUAUCGAGCGCUGCUCGGUUCAAGGGGGAUAAAGACUGAGUUUCAACUCCAGCCCGUGAACGUCAGUAUUCUGAGUGGAUCCGCCGCUUCAGCGAAAUAAGAGAUUUGUUUGUUUCUUUAACGAACAGGUUUUUCGGCUGCGUCGGUGCUUAAUUAAACUGUGGCAUUUUUAUUUUUUUUAUAAAUCACCUAUUUGUCAACCGUGGUCGAGUCGAGCUUUGAAGGGGCAACACAAGGCGAGAGAGGAGAUUUAUCCAGACGCCUCCCUCUCUUUCUGUGUAUACAACGUUAUUAAUUUACUGACGCUGCCGCCGCGGAAAGCUCGCAGCAGCGAUGAAUCAUUUUAACUGACAGCUUUUGAAGAAUUAGCCAGCUUAGCCGGAGACACGAACUGGAAACCGAUGGUGGUUUUCUGCUCACAUACGCAGUAAAAUACCAGGUUUGGGGAGCAGACAUAGCUACAGCUGAUAGCACUACCGACUCCUCUGGUUUUUAUUUUCCUCUCUAAAGGCUGCAAAGUGCAACACUUGCCGUUUGGCUUGUAGCUUGUUUUGGUUAAAAGGGGGACCGCUAGCUGCCGUUAGCUAGUUUUUCUGCUAACCCUGGACAGCUCCCGAGAAAGGCUGAGCUAGCUUUGGACAAAGGAGCAACGCAGCGGGGAAAUUUAUAAACACCGGGCACACAAGUCGUGUUCUGGAGCGACAAACAAGGACCUGACAUGAUGUUUCCACAAUCAAGACACUCAGCCUCAUCGCAGCAGCUGAAAUUUACGACCUCUGACUCCUGUGACAGGAUCAAGGAUGAGUUCCAGUUUCUUCAAGCACAAUAUCACAGUUUGAAGCUCGAAUGUGACAAGUUAGCGAGUGAGAAGUCAGAGAUGCAGCGCCAUUAUAUUAUGUACUACGAGAUGUCCUACGGGCUGAAUAUCGAGAUGCACAAACAGGCUGAAAUAGUGAAGAGACUGAACGGGAUCUGCGCACAAGUCCUCCCCUACCUGUCUCAGGAGCACCAGCAGCAGGUCCUGGCAGCCAUAGAGAGGGCCAAGCAGGUCACCCCUCCAGAGAUGAACUCCAUCAUCAGGCAGCAGCUCCAGGCUCACCAGCUGUCCCAGCUUCAGGGCCUGGCCUUGCCCAUGACCCCGCUGCCUCUGGGCCUGAGCCAGCCAACGCUGCCAGCCGUCACCACUUCCUCCGGUCUCUUCUCGCUGUCUUCUCUGCUGGCCUCCCAGGCCCAGCUGGCCAAGGAGGAGAAGGCUUCUCGCGACGGCGUGGACAGCCACCGUGAGGAGGACGGAGACAAGUCUGAUUAGGCCUCGUCUCCAUGCGGCUCUUUUAUCAUAGAGACAUGAAUUCCCAGAUCUGUCCCUGCAGCCUCACCCGUGGUUGUCCCCUUUUUGACCUUACGCAACAUGGGGUUUCUUUCUUCAACGCAGCUUCAGCUUUAGACCCCUAACCUGUCCCCUUCUGGGAAAAGCUUUGGCACUCAUAUUACAGUAACUAAAUUAAAAUAAUAGAUUUUUAUGUCUUCUGUUUUGGUUAAAGGUGGAUUUUUUUACUGUUCACUUUAGGGAUAACUUUGUUUUUUUUUUUUGUUUUUUUUCUUCUGAUUCACCAUCUUUAUAUUUUAGUUUCUGCAUUCUUCUUUAGUCCAGGUUCUUUUCCUCCCACUCUGCUCCUCCUCUAGUUUGGCAGGACUGAUUCGUCAGACUGCAUAAAUCCCUCAGCUGGUGUUGAAAUAAGAAAGCUGUUUAACAAAGAGAUCCAUGACAAACCAUAACACAGGUUUCUUCCAAAAUCCGGUCACUUAAAAUAAGGUCGUUAUUAAUAUACUAAAGUUUUUAAAAUUUUAUGAAGUUGUCUUGAGUUUUUUGUGGGCUGUGAAUUUAGUGGGUUGUCACAGAUGAAAGAAAUGUUUAAGCUCCUCUCAUGCCGCAGCCUUCAUCGAAAAUACUUUGAUUCUAAAUUCUCCUCCCAUGCAAGAACUCACUAUCUUUUCCAAAAUGUAACAUUCAUCUGAUGUUGGGGGGUCGGGGGGGACAACAAGCCCCUUAUUUCAAUUGUCUUAGUUGUUUCCUGGCAUCAUGAGGGGUAGUGCUUUGCAAAAAUAUUUAAAUCUCUUAAACGUUUUUGUUUUUUGCAUUUUCUCAUGUUUCAGCCCCAGACAUCAAUGCCUCAAAAUUAGUCCAUAAUUUGGUGGAAAUAAAAUGGAAAUAAAAUGGCACAUGGCUUUUUUUUUUUUUUUUUUUGGAAAGUAUGGCGUGCAUUUGUAUUCAGACCCUUUGUCUCUAAUGCCUCUACACAUAAUGUAAUGUGACUAUUUGUAGCUUCCGAAGUCACCCGAUCAGUGAACGGAGCGCAACUGUAGGUCGUUUAAUCUCUUUUAAAACAGAACAUUAGUGAACAUGCAGCGCCAUGAAGACCGAUGAACACAGCAGACGGGUCAGGGAGAAAGAUGUAGGGAAGUUUAACUUCUUUCAAUCUGAAUUUAUCUAAUUUAUGUAAAAUAAGAAUUUUUUUGUUCUCUAAAUAGAGCAGAUUAUUCUUUACCCAUUGCCUCAACCUGCAAAAUGGUGUCAAAUUGUCUCUACUGUGGUCUUUCCUAUAUUUAUCUAAUAAGUAUCAGCUGGGAUUAAUUAGAAACUUAGACCACCUUGGCGACAUUAACACCAGAACUGAAUUAAGGGAAAUUAAAUUUAAUAGUUUACAUGGGAUUAGAGCAAGGUUAGAUUAUAAAAACAGGUUUUUUCCACUGAUGGGAAAAUGUCUUGUUAUAAGGGGGGAAAACAUCUAGUAUUUACUUAAGACAGAACUAACGGUUUAGCAAGAUGUAGAAGUUUGUUUUAUUUCAAGCGUACAGAAAUAUUUCUACUAGGAACUAGACAAAAAUUCUUGGUGAGAUUUUGUUUUUCUUCAGUGACAUGAUUAAUGUUGAGCUGUUUUGCAAAGAAAAAUGGGCAUGGUAAUUUUCUCCACAUGUGCAAAGCUGGUAGAGACGAAUCCCAAAAGGCUUGCAGACGUAAUGGCAGUAAAAUCUGUUUCUGUGAAGUAUUAAUUCAAGGUGAUCGAACGCAAAUGCACAACUCACAAUUUAGGAUAUGUAAAAAAAAAAAAAAAAAACCUAAAAAAACAUUUUAAGGGGUUUUGAUACCUUGGCCAGGCUCUACACAUUAGAUUACCCACCCAGUACCUUAACCAAGAGGCAUCAUCAGUCAGAGCUGUGGUAACUUAAACUGCAACCGAAACAACUGAAACCACCUCAGUUCUCUGCUCCUCUGUCAGCUUUUUUUCAUAUUUAAUGUGCACUUAUAUUGGAGCAGACACUAAGGGGAGGGAGUGUGGCGUGUGUUUGACAGCAGAGGGCAGCGCACGCCUUUGAACAAUCCUCCUAAGGUUUUUGCUUUUACAAAAACCAAGGACAAGACAACGGCAGCAUACAGGCCAAGUCUGAUAGGGAAUAGUUUAUUUAUUAGCUCUGAGCAUCCAGUUCAUGUACAAAAUGUACAUGAACUGGACUGUGGAUAUUUACCUUUAAUUCGGUCCUUCAGUUUAUGUUGCUCUCUGAAUGAUCUAAUUAUGGAAACAGAGUCGUAAAUAAUCUGUUUUCUCAGAUUAAACCUCAAGGUGAAAGGAUGUUCAUGAACUUGAAACAUAAAGCUAUUGUAUGUUUACCGCCUGCCACUUAAUGCAAGUGAGUGGCAACUUAACAUUGUUCAGUACAAAGUGUUGCAUAGUGAGGAGAUAUUCUGUUGUAAUCUGCCACUUAAUGCAAGUGAGUGGCAACUUAACAUUGUUCAGUACAAAGUGUUGCAUAGUGAGGAGAUAUUCUGUUGUAAUCUACUGACCACCUUAAUAUCCUUAGCACGAGAAACCGUUAAGUGAUAGCCAGACCAAAAAUAAAUAUAAAGGCCAUAAUAAAUUAUUUCAGAACAUUUUACUGCUGUUGUGAGAAACAUCUUGUACGGUUCAACGUAAAAGCAAACCCAUAUGUUUUAAAUCGCAGGUGCGUUCUCUAAGAUGCAAAACCGUGGUUGAGUAAGUGUGCGCCCUUUGCUGAAGCAUUGGUUGGAACCAGCUUAGCAAUGGUAGGAGUCUUUCAACAGGCCAGAUUUUAACUUAGCAACAGUUGCCUCCACCUUGCAAAACUCUUCUAUAAGAUUCUUUGAAAAGUUUUUUUCCACAGACCUCUUCAGGUUACCCUUAAGAUUAUUUUUUUUGUCGGAUUUAGUUUCAGAUGCUGGCUAGGUUGUUCAAAAACAUAAAUUUUCUUGUGGUUAAUCCAGACUUGGAUGUUUUUCUCUGUUCUGGCUUGCAACCCAUCUUCUUAGUUACCUAAAGCACAACAAAUAUUUACUAGACGUUCCUGUAGCUUAACUGGUGUUGCUGACCCGGUCCCUGGCCCGUUUCAAAACACAACUAACUUUGGAGAAAUGUAAGCAGCAUAUUUUCUAAAGUCUUCAUCAGACCUAGGUGCAUUUGUCAUUCUUUUGGGUUUUUCUUCUUUUUUUUCCUUUUUUUUUGCAUUCUUCUCCUGACUGAUACUUUCAUUGAAUUGCACAUUUUUGAUUCUCUGCGUCUGUGCUGAAAAUAACAGCUUUAGCUUGAGGAUUCAAACUAGCAGAAUAUUCCAAUGGAACCUUUUUUGGUGUAAACAAAUCGGCUGUAAUUUACGAUGGCUGUGUAUUGGUUUAAGGGGACAAGCAGUUUAUUUUUAGUUUGAGUUUUAUUCUGGAAAACAGCAUUUUUCAGUUGAAUUGGACAUGAUCUAUGUUGCAUUAAAACAUUUUUAAAUGAUUUAUGCUGCCAUAUUGUUUUACAUCCCAAAAAAACAGAUUUUUGGAGAAGCAUAGACUUUUGAUAUUUGCCGUAUGCUCGUCCUUUUUUGAAAAUCUCUUUUAUUCAGGGUCAUUUGAAUGCAGUGUUGGUGUUACAGCCCAAGUAUAGAUGCCGAGUGAAUUCACACUCACUUGAGAAAAGUCUAAUCAGAAAACAAUAGUGUUUGCAUAAAUUGUUGCUGUGUCAGGUUUUUGCACUUAAGCCCAGGCCACAGUUAUAAAUAUUGGCUUUCCCAGGAGGUUUUAAGAGUUAAACUCAAACACUUCAUACACUUCUGAAUUUUCAGAAAGGUUUGGCUCAGUAGCAGCUGGACCCCAGAAAUAAGGACCUCAGUUGUAACAACUGAAAAUGUAGUUGAAUUUUGCAGAAACACACACAUUUCCCUUUGUUCUAGUAGCUGAAUGGCUCGACCAAUCACUGUCUUUACAGAAGCCACAAUAUGGGUUCUGGUAAGAUUACUGAACUCACUUUCCACAAAAAUGGAAACUCAUUUGGUCAUUUGAUCCAGUAGAAAGGAUGAAAAUUGACUUAUUUGAAAAUCACAUUGGAUUUUCAAACAAGUCCAGCAAAGUCAGAAUGUCUCCAAAGGUAAACCUUUUCUUUAAUUAAGCCUGCAGUUGUAUAUCUAUGUAUAUACAUAACACAUUGUGUAUAAACAGGUGUACAGAUCUAGUAGUCAGUGAUAAACCAAUCGAAACUUCUUCACAUGCUUGUGAAAUAAGCUUGCAGCAAGUUCUCACAUGUUGCUUGUAUCUUGCUACAUCCUUCACUUGUCAUAGUGAUGCCCAGAUGUGUAGACAGAAAGCGAAACACAUCAAUGCAUGUCUGCAGGGAACAGAUUGAUUUUGUUCUAGUGGAGAGACUUUUUUUUUUUUUUUUUUUUAAGAAAUUUUGUGAUCAAUGCACUUGAUUCCCUCCUCCCCAUUUAUUUCAAGCUGUACUCAAUAUAACCUAGAAGGAGAACUUCAAAGCUUGUGUUAUAAUUAAAUGAAAUUCUAUGUAUAUGUUCAAGUAGUCAGAGGUGCUUGCCUCUCUAUACAGUUAUACAUAGAACGCUUUAUGUGUAUAUGGCUGCAAAUUCUCUCGUCUGUCCUGAAUGAUUCUUGUGGUGUUGUGUUACAAAAACCGAUGUGACACCUGAGGGGGGG